GGGCCCUGCAUCUCUCGGAAAUAUAUCCGCAGCUGUUUUUCGUAUCCAGAGAGCCUUGUACAAAUCAGCUGCCACCAGCAAGACCAAUCAGCUUCUUCUUCUUCUUCUUCUCGGUAAAGAUCGAAACUUUCUCAGCUAAACCCAUCCGUCUUCCCGUCUUCUUCACGCCCGAUCAGCUGAGCCGGAACCCCAUCGUUUGCCGAUGCUCUGCCGAUGUCGCCCUCCCGCAGGACUCUAGCUUCCCGUCACUCCAUCGACUCCUGCGCCAUCCAGCUCCACUCCUGGAGGCCCUUCCACCCCAAGGCCCUCGACUCCGACCACCCCCACAUACCCAACUCCUCCUCCAACGGCGGCGGCGGCGGCGGGGGCGGGGGGUUUCACUCCAAGCGGCCCUGCCUCGCCGAUCGGGUGACCUCGUUCUCGAUCGAGGCCGCCCUCGACAUGUCGAGGCUCAGCCUGUUCGAGGACGACGGCAGGACGGUCGCCGACGUGGGGUAUCAGAGGAGGAGGGAGAGCCUCCAGCUGAUCGCGAGGAAGCGGAGGCGGCGGGGGUCGAGGUCGGUGUCCGGGCGGAGCAGCGACCGGAGCGGCACGCGGCGGUGCUGCUCCGUCGGGGCGUCCGCCGCGGCGUCGGAUUUCCCGAUGGCGGUGGGGACGGACUCGAGCGGGGAGCUGUUCGGGAAUGGGGAUUGGGCGUCGGACGUGAGCGAGGCGCGGAUCAACAGUGGCCCGAGGAGGGACAAGGAUGGUGGAGGGGGAGGGAGUGGGGAGAGGGAGAAUUUGGUUUUAGGGUUUGGGCAAGCUGGGAAUCUUGGGGAUGUGGUGCAGGGGAACGAAUCCGGAUACGGAAGUGAGCCAGGCUAUCGCGGUGAUGCAGAGUUCGGUUAUGGAGAUGAGCUGGAUGAGGAGGAUGAGGAUGUUAGGGCAUUGUUUUGGGGCCACCAAUUUGGAGAGGCCAAAAUGGAGAUGGUUGGUGAGAACUCGUUCACGGAUCAGAAGGCUCAUCACAGAUGCCGGAGGAAGAAGCACGAGUUUAGAAUGGUGGAACCUUCCAGAUGACUAAUCUCUCUUUUGAAUGAUCGCCUUUUUCCAACGCCCGACGGUCAGUUUUUGUAAGUUCACUGGCUCUUAGAUGAAACGGGGUUUUGGUUUGGAAAAUUGUGUCGUUGGAGGUGUUACACCAUACAUGAGAGAAUAGUCAAUGCAAGUUUAAUUUCUCAUUUUCCUCGCUGAAAACCUGUGUGGGUUUCUUCAACCAUGAUUUCAGAGUGAUUUAUUUUUAAUAUUUCUAUCUGUAAGAGAACUGGUAAACACCCCGGCAUUGUCUUGUUGUAAACGAUAUUCGUCACAGAAAAGCCAAUUUUGUACAUUAAGCAAGUGAAGAUGGAGUGUUGUUGCUUA